GUGGCAUCCGUAGUGGUCAUUCAGCAUUUUGAUGUCAAAGUAUGAAAUCACACGUGUUCCUUCAGUUUGAAGAUAUCUUCCCAGGCGUGGCUUCAGGGAGUAACCCUUUGUAGUAUACAAAUUAGCCGCAUAGUGCAUCACGCUGCCAAAUUCGUAUGGUGUAUAGUUGUUGGUGUAGUCUCCAGUAAUCUUAGCAAAGUCUCCCCAACGGCUUUGUGGUACAUUCGUUAGGUCAACAAUGAUGUAGUCGUCCCUAUCGGUACGCGAAUGCAUAUGCCAUGAACCGAGAGCAUGAAUGAAUUCAUGUGCAGCGGUACCGAUCUGAUCGCAGCCUUUUCCCAACGACAAUUGCUGUACCCCUCCAACCAUUCCGACGGAUGACCAACAACCAUUUCCACUUACUACCUUUACUCGAUUAGCAGCUGUAGAACUUUGGGUAAAAGUAAGGCAUGUGCGGGCACUUAUAUAAUCCAGUGCCUGCUUGACAAUCUGACGGUAUCUGGCACCGAGAUUCUUCAAUCUCUCCCGACGUUUCUCUAG